UACAUACACUCACUCACACACACACACACACACACAUAUAUAUAUAUAUAUAUACUGACACACAUACACAUACGUACACGCACAUACACAUACACUGACAUCGACAUCACAUCAUUGUUUAUAACGACAUUUCUUGGGGGACAAUCUUACAAUUACCGCACGAAAAUAUAAUUAAUACACACACAAACCCCGAAGAAAACCAACAAGAAGCAGCCAUGAGGGCCUUUAUGCUCACCGGGUUUAGUUUUCUGCUCACCACUGUUGUCAUAGCCAAUGCAUAUUACCAGAAAAGUCAGUUUUAUCCAUCUGUUGUCUACAUAACCAAAUCUAAUGGGAGUAUGGCGAUUCUCUAUAUACAAGCUUUUGUUUUUGUCGUCCUGAUGGGGAAACUCAUGAGGAAAAUAUUCUUUGGUCAGCUAAGAGCAGCAGAAAUGGAGCAUCUUAUAGAAAGGUCUUGGUAUGCUGUUACUGAGACUUGCUUGGCUUUUACAGUCUUUCGAGAUGACUUCAAUCCACGAUUUGUGGCCAUGUUCACAUUAUUGUUAUUUUUGAAAUGUUUUCACUGGCUUGCUGAAGAUAGAGUAGACUAUAUGGAACGAAGUCCCAUGAUAACAAUUCGAUUCCAUAUUAGGGUCAUGUCUCUAAUCAUAGCACUUGCCAGCGUUGAUCUUCAUUUCAUAAAUCAUGCUUAUUAUAGCACUUUGUUGCGAGGAGCUUCUGUUCAGUUAGUUUUCGGAUUUGAGUAUGCCAUUUUGUUAACAGUUGUACUGAUGACAUUAACAAAAUAUAUUCUUCAUGCUUUUGAUCUUCAAAGUGAAAAUCCUUGGGAAAAUAAGGCAGUCUAUCUUCUUUAUACAGAAUUGAUCAUGGGAUUGAUCAAAGUACUUUUAUAUGUAUUAUUUAUGGUCAUUGUAAUUAAAGUCCACACAUUCCCACUUUUUACAAUACGGCCAAUGUACCUUUCUGUGAGAGCAUUCAAGAAAGCACUCAAUGAUAUUGUCAUGUCCAGAAGAGCUAUAAGGAAUAUGAACACUUUAUAUCCAGAUGCAACACCAGAAGAAUUGUCUUCAGGUGAUAAUGUCUGCAUAAUAUGUCGAGAAGAGAUGGUUACUGCUUGUAAGAAAUUGCCAUGCAAUCACAUUUUCCACGCGAGCUGUUUACGAUCUUGGUUUCAACGUCAACAAACAUGCCCCACUUGUCGUAUGGAUAUUCUCCGAAUUCCACGGCCUCAACCAGCACAGCCUCAACAAGCACAACCACAACAAAAUGUCCCCCAGCCACCAUUACAGCCACCACAUCCACAGUUUCCACACAACAUGGUGUUUCCUGGAUUUCCACCUAUGCCGUUAUGGGCUCCUAACAUGCCUCCACCACCGCCACCACCUCCAGCUCAGACUGCAUCUCAACAACAGACAGUCAACCCUGUGUCAACCCAGAAUACUUCAAAUACUACCACUACAUCAAAUAGUACUACUACAACAACUACUACAGCUACUACCACUACUGCUACUGCUGAACCAAGUAUGUCUGUUCCUGAAAGUCAAGGUUAUCCUGGAACUUCUCAAAACAAUAUGUCAUUUCUUAGUUUUCCUCCUUUAUUCUCUUCUUUUGUUCUACAGAAUCAGUCUGUACUAUCUGGCCUAUCUACUGAGGAAUUGGCAAGUUUGGAAGGUCAGGAACGGUGUAAUAUUGAAGCGCGAAUCCAAUGGCUCAGAGAUAUACAAACUUUACUUGAUGGUGCCAUGGUACUUAUGAAUCAAUAUAACCAAGUGGCUGCACAUUCGGGCAUUCAAGGAAUUUCUAUGUUGCCAAGGAAUGUUGAUCAACCAAAUACAUCUUCUCAUACCAAAGACCACAGUGUAUCACAGAACCAGCUGUCUAAUAAUGAGUCAGCGGAAAAGCCAAAUGAAAACACUCCUAACAAAUCUGAAGAUUUAGAUUACCUUGAUUUGGAAGGUGCUACAGGUGAAACUCCAAAGAAGAGUUCCAGUUCACCAGAAGCUGAACUUCGAAGAAGACGUUUGCAACACUUUAUUUCUCAAUCCAAUGAAACCAAGUAGAACUUGUCAAAUUCCUUUCUCUGUAUAAUACUGUACAUAUAAAUAUAUGCAAUUUAA